UUUAUUUAUUCUAAUAAGACUUAUUUAUCUAUAAAAAAAAAUUUAUGCCUGGCUUCUGAUCUGACAUUGUGAUUUCAUCUUUGACAAUUUUUUUAACUAACAGACCCUAAGGGUAUGUUUGGAUAGAAGGGGAGGGGAGAAAAGAAAAGAAAUGAUAGUAUUAGUUAGGAGAGACAAGAAAAGAAAAGAAAAGAAAAGAUAGUAAUAAUUUUAAUUCGUGUUUCGACAGAUAUGGGAAAAACUAAAAGAAAUGAUAAUUAUUGUUGUUUGGAUAAGAUAGAGAAGAGAAAAGAAAAGAAAGGAUAGUGACUAAAUUACUAUCCUAUUCUUUCAUAAUCACUUUACAUAUUAUCCAUUUUCAAAAUCUCACAUAUGAUAUUUGGAAUGUUUCUUUGUGAUAGUUCAAUGCAAUGGAUAAAAACUAAAGUAAAAAUGAAAAAAGAAAAAAAUAAAAUAAAAAUAAUGGAAGAAAACAAAAUUAGGACAUAAAUGGAAUAACUUUUUUUUAUAUUAAUUUGUGGAGGGUAUUUUUGGUAUUAAGAAUUUACAACUCCCUAUCUCCCCCUAUCUCUCCCUAUCUUCUCAAAAUGGGAUAGUUAUCCCUCACUAUCUCUCCCUAUCCUCUCUUUUCUCUCCAAUUAAGUUACCCAAACACACUCUCACACUAUCCUCUCUUUUCUUUUCUCUCCCUAUCCCACCACAUCAACCCUACCAAACACACCCUACAUCCUAAAUUCUGAAGGCAUAUAUAUAUAUAUAUAUAUAUAUAUAUUAUUUAUUUAUUCUAAUAAGACUUAUUUAUCUAUAAAAAAAAUUUUAUGCCUGGCUUCUGAUCUGACAUUGUGAUUUCAUCUUUGACAAUUUUUUUAACCAACAGACCCUAAAUUCUGAAGGCAUAUAUAUAUAUAUAAAUUAGAAUUACACUUUAUCUCAAUUAAUUCAUAUGGUUAAUAUUUAAUUCUAUAUAUAUGUUGAAUGUUUCAGUUAGCUUAGGCUAUAAAAUCUGAAGACCCUCUUUCCAUUAACUAACAAACCCUCUUUCGCUUUCCCUCAUUAUCAUCAAUCUUUAUCUGCUAUAAUUGAAUAUUUGGAAGAUUUCACAGAUUUUUCUAAAUCUGCUGAACUCUCCUUUUCCUUUUCUUGAUUCUCAUUCUUUCGUUCUCUUAUGGCUAGUUUGGUGUUCUCUUAUGGCUAGUUUGGUGUGAUGGAAUGGAAUAAAAGAAAGUGGAAUGGAAUGGUUUUUUUUCCAUUAUCGUGUUUGGUGCUAUUUUUAAAGUUGGAAUCAUCAUUCUCCACUUUUUUCUUGGAGAAUGGUCAUUCCAUUAAAAUCAUUUCACCCUCAAACAAAAGGAAUGACCAUUCCAUUCCAUUCCCUCAUCCAUUCUCAUUCCAUUCCAAUUCAUUCCACCACACCAAACUAACCCUUACAUAAUAGCUGAUGUUUUCCCGGUCCGGUUCACCAGGUUUGACCAUGUACUACCAUGAAUUUUCUUUCAUCAUCUUUUGAGUUUGAUCCUGAUGCAGAAGGAACGCUAGCUAAAUAGUUAACACAUGCAAGUCGAAUGUUGUUUUCUAGGAGCCUAAGAGACGGACAAGAUUCUCCUAGCUUCACUUCAACUAGAUACAUCUAGAGCUAGCUUAGGCGAGAAAAACUGUAAGCAGCAUAGCAUGGGAAGCAGAAACAGAAUCAAAAGCAAUGACAACUCGAAAUGCCUGCCUAGAGAAAUCAUCGAUGAGAUACUAACAAGAGUACCUGCUGAAUCACUUGUUAGAUUCAAAAUAGUAUGUAAGUUUUGGAAAACCAUCAUCUCUGAUCCAAAAUUUAUCAAAUGUCAUCUUCUCAUAUGGGAAUCCAAGCCUGCAGUCUUGGUCAGUGAAGAUUUAACCUCCCAUCGCUUGCUUCUUUCGGAUAUCGAACAGAGAGACUCCACAGAUUUUCCUAUAUGUAUUCCUGAUGAUUACACCCAUAUUGUUGCCUCUACUGAUGGUUUAUUACUUUUUCGAGAUUAUGUUCUUCCUAUUUACAAAAAUGUAGGAGGAGUUCUUCAUGCCCAAAAAGAACAAAAGCUUUGUGUUCAUAAUCCUGUUACCGGCAUUCAAAAGAAGUUACCUCCAAAUCCAAAUUUGGGCUUUGAUGGUGGCAUUUUUUUGAUAGUACAUGAUGCUUCAAUUCAAAAAUAUAAAGUGAUGGUUUUUAAAGAUCGGGCACGUCUUCUCCCUAAUGAGAUCAACUUAAUUACGAUAGACCAUCAGAGCAGUGGAUGGAGGAAAUUGAUCAGUCCAUCUACAUUUUGCCUAGAAGGUGUUUUCAAGCCUAUCGCUGUGAAUGGGAUAUUGUAUUGGCUAGCAUACAAUUGUGAUGUUGUUCCUCGAAGAUUAAGGGGCAUGGACAUUGCUUACAAUAUUGAGAGUGUUUAUUCUCCUCGGGUGGCUUUUGUGCAAUCAAUGGAUAUUGGUACCGAGGAAUUCGGGCAAAAAAUAUGCUUGCCAUGUCAACCAAAAAGAGGUUCUGAACACCAACUUAUAAAUUGCAACUUGUUAGUGAUGAAGGGAUCAAUCUACUUCUCAAACCCGGCUACGGAAAUGGAAUUAGUGUUAUGGAUGUUGGAGGAUUUGGGUAAUCAUAUUUGGGUUAAGAAACAUAAAAUAUGUCUUCUUUCCAUUGUUGGUAAGCCUAAUAGUCUGUCAAGUUUCUUAAUGGAUGAUUCAUUUCACCCGAUUCAAAUGGUGGGGAAUCAAGGAUUGAUGAUCAUUCGACAUGAUUGGGAUGAUGGUUACAUGGGUAGUAGAUUUGGGAGAAGUUGGUAUUUGUACAACUUAAGGAGCCAGGAAUUGAAAGCUAUUGUCGGGACACCUAUAGCGAAAAGUCAUAGCGUCUAUUCUGGUCUGGUGAUUACUCAUGUCAAAAGUCUAGUUGGGUGGAAUUGAAACUAUCGUCGGGACUGACUGCUAAAGUGAAAAGGUGGUCAGGGGAUUCCUCAUGUGAAAAGUCCGAAGAUCUUUUUAAUUUGUGAGUUGUUUUUACAAAAUACUGCCUCCUAGAAUUCCCUUUUGCGUUAAGAACUGAAGUAUUUAUAUUCCUUUAUGUAGCUAGCUUUGGCUGUCAUUGCUGUGGGUAUUUAUUCCUUGAUGUAGCUAGCUUUUGUUGUGUUAUGUUGUUACUGUUGUCAUUGUUAUUGUAAUAGUUAAUGUGAUAUUUUCUAGUGUGAUAUUUUCUACUUAGCUAUGAAAAUAUUUAUUAUUUUUUUAUUAACAUUUUUCAAUGAUUAUGAUUUUUUCUUUCA